GACUCGCGCGCAGGAGGAAAGGCUCGUCUGGUCGGUCAAAGUCCGUCUCUUCAAACCACUCCCUAGAGUUGUGAACCGAAACGCUCUUGGUUUACUUUAGAAAUCAUUCCUUGGAGUAAUUCUUAACUCGUCAGUCGAGGGUUAAAAGGUCAAUAAAGGUAUCGUUAAUUGUAUUCGGUGAAAAUUAGGACUCUCGGAAACCUCCAGAAACUUUUUGGACUCGGACCCUAGAGGCACAAAAAACAGCAUGGUGUUAAAAUCAGAGGACGGCGUAGUGCCGGACGACCUCACCCCAGAGGAACAGCAGGAGCUGGAGAAUAUCCGCCGGCGCAAGCAAGAACUGCUGGAGGAUAUUCAGCGGCUGAAGGAUGAGAUAGCAGAAGUUACUAGUGAAAUUGAGAACCUGGGUUCCACUGAGGAGAGGAAAAAUAUGCAGAGGAAUAAACAGGUGGCCAUGGGCCGUAAGAAAUUUAACAUGGACCCCAAAAAGGGGAUCCAGUUCCUGAUUGAGAACGACUUACUGAAGAAUACCAGUGAUGACAUUGCUCAGUUCCUCUACAAAGGAGAGGGCCUCAACAAAACAGCCAUCGGAGAUUACCUAGGAGAGAGAGAUGAUUUCAAUAUCAAAGUCCUCCAAGCCUUUGUGGAGCUUCAUGAGUUCACAGACCUCAACCUGGUUCAGGCAUUAAGACAGUUCCUGUGGAGCUUUCGGCUGCCAGGAGAAGCCCAGAAAAUCGACCGCAUGAUGGAAACCUUUGCUCAGCGCUACUGCCAUUGCAAUCCUGGUGUUUUCCAGUCUACAGACACUUGUUACAUUCUGUCAUUUGCCAUCAUCAUGCUAAACACCAGCCUCCACAAUCCAAAUGUGAAGGACAAGCCGACUGUGGAACGGUUUAUCUCCAUGAACAGAGGCAUAAAUGAUGGAGGGGACUUGCCUGAAGAUCUGCUCAGGAAUUUGUAUGAGAGCAUCAAGAAUGAGCCUUUCAAAAUACCAGAAGACGACGGCAACGACCUCACACACACUUUCUUCAACCCAGACAGAGAGGGCUGGCUGCUAAAACUGGGAGGGGGACGAGUUAAAACUUGGAAGAGGAGGUGGUUCAUCCUCACAGACAACUGUCUGUACUACUUUGAGUACACCACAGACAAAGAGCCAAGAGGAAUCAUCCCACUGGAGAACCUGAGUAUCAAGGAGGUGGAGGAUAAGAAGCCUAACUGCUUUGAGCUUUACAUACCUGACAGCAAAGACCAGGUAAUAAAAGCGUGCAAGACUGAGGCUGACGGACGUGUUGUGGAGGGAAACCACACCUUCUACCGGAUUUCUGCCCCGACAGCUGAGGAGAAAGAUGAAUGGAUAAAAAGCAUCAAAGCUGCUAUCAGCAGGGACCCCUUUUACGAGAUGUUGGCUGCGAGGAAGAAGAAGGUGUCGUCCAUGAAGAGGCAUUAGAGGUGCUCGACUCUCCAGACAUUGCACUUGACAGAACAGGAGGGUCGGGUGUGUGCUUGCCCUUCCUGGGCCAUUGCAGAGGUCACGACUGAGGUCUGCCUCUGAACUCUCCAAGGGUUUUCUUUAGGAUACACAACAGGUCUGACUUUUGGACUCUGCAGGCCAGAAAAACAGGAAGCAUGCUGGGUUUUUAGAUAAGAGUCAGGGCUUAACGCCUCCUCUAACCUCCUGUUUGAAUGUCUUGCUCUUUCUCAGCUUUGUAUGUGCUCUCUGUCUAUGAGACCGGAAGGGAGUCUUACUGUGCAAAUUAGCAGAGUCCCUUUUGAGGACGCUUUCAAACAACACAGUUCUCAUAUGCAUUGCAUACAUACGCAACAUCACAACAAGCAUACACUCAUGCAGUCCCCCCCCCCCCCCCCCCCCCCCCCC